AUGGAGGAACAAGCCGCUAAACUCAGUACCCUACGUCUAUACCUGGUGACAUCGGCCAUGCUAGGCAUCCAGUACGCGUGGGCGGUGCAAGUCGGGGUGACGACGGCGGUACUUCUGGAACUUGGCAUGACUGCACGUUGGGUCUCACUGGCGUGGUUGGCAGGACCAAUUGCAGGCCUAGUUGUACAGCCGCUCGUAGGCCUGCUCUCGGACAGGAGCUCCAGUCGGCACGGAAAACGCAGGCCGUUUGUAGCGGUCGGUGCGGUGCUCACGUCAGCCUCGCUACUUGCAUUCGCCUACGCGGUGCCGAUAGCGCGCCGCUCUCGCUUCUUGACGCCGCUUUUUGUUGCUGUUUCCGCUUUCUGGUGCUUAGACUUUUCAAUAAAUGCCAUGCAAGGGCCUUUGAGAGCCUUGAUUUUCGACCACGUCGAAGCCGCUGAGCAGGAACGCGGUAAUGUGGCCAUAGCGGUCUACAUUGCGAUAGGAAACCUCGUUGGCAGUGCUAUGGCAGGUGCGGCAUUAACUAGAGACACAUUUUUGCGGCAUGUAUUCUCGACUGAUACAGAAGCGCUGUACACUAUCGGUGCUGUGCUUGUUCUCGGAACUGCAGCAGUCUGUUGGGUCGCCAGCGCGCCGCUAGCACGCAACCGUUCCUGCCCAGCCCAGACGACACCAUGGACCGUACCCGAAAGUGAUAACGUACGCCUACCGAUACCUGAUACCGAAUCAAUGGACGAAGCGGAAAGCGAUAACUGCCGCGAACUCGCCUCUCGAUCGCCCGGAAUGAUGCGCGCGACUGGACUGACGCUAAAGCCAGUGGCGAGCCAGUUGCUGAGCCUUGUGCAGCACUGCCGGAGAGCACUGAAGACUGCGUCCACGACAUUUUGGGUUGUUUUCCUGAUACAACUCGGUACAUGGUACGGAUGGUUCUCGUUGUUCGUUUUCGGUAGCUCCUGGUUCGGGGUCAAUGUUUUCGGUGGUGAUCCGCAUGCCCUCGCGGGGAGCAUCGCGAGGGAACGCUACGAAGCGGGAAUACGUCACGCGAAUGUCGCUCUAGCGCUGCAGAGCAUCAUCGCAUUCUUGUACGCCAUGCUCAUGCCGCAGAUCCAGUAUCGAGUUUGGCGACUCUCACCAAUGCAGGUGAAGUACGGGUUCUCUCUGGUGGUACAGGCCACCGUUUUACUCGCGCUGGCAACCAUUGGCGCUCGGAAUGUGGUACUCGCGGUGUGCCUGCAGGCUGUCCUUGGUAUCUCGUGGGCAACGAGCAUCACGAUUCCCUGGGCCCUUGUCGGUGCAUCCGUUGCGAAUAGCAAUGCACGAGACGCUGCUGGUACAUUUGCGACGCUCUUCAACGCGAGUCAGUGUUUCCCCGAGAUUGCAGUUGCUCUACUGAGCCCAGUAUUGGGGCGCCACGCUUCCGUCGCAGUCCAGCAUAAUCGGGUACUCACCUCGGGCGCGAUCAUGGUCGGAUUAAGCACGCUUUUGGUACCAUUCGUCCAUCGUUCGUAA